AUGGCGAAUUCAGAGGUAUUAAUGAAAGGGAAUUGUGUGAACGGAGGGGGAGAGAGCUUUUGUUCUGGUUAUACUGAACCAAAUGAUGCUAGGAACGCCAUGGAAGGGCAAAAUUGUCAUUCAACUCGUCCAGCUCCCGUUAGAGACCCCGAGACGGCGCUUUAUACGGAGCUAUGGCAUUCAUGUGCUGGACCUAUGGUCAACGUACCUCGCGAAGGAGAUCGCGUUUUUUACUUUCCUCAAGGCCACAUAGAACAGGUUGAGGCGUCUACUAAUCAGGUUACGGACCCAAUGCCAGUGUAUAAUCUUCCAUCGAGGAUCCUUUGUCGUGUGAUUAACGUUCAGUUAAAGGCCGAACCGGAUACUGAUGAGGUUUUUGCUCAAGUGACUUUACUUCCUGAACCUAAUCAAGAUGAGAGCACCGUGGAGAAGGAAUCUCCCAUUCCUCAACCACCGCGGUUCCACGUGCAUUCCUUUUGCAAGACCCUCACUGCCUCAGAUACAAGCACCCAUGGUGGGUUUUCGGUACUAAGACGGCAUGCAGAUGAAUGCCUUCCUCCAUUGGACAUGUCACGUCAACCUCCCACCCAGGAGUUGGUUGCGAAGGAUUUGCAUGGAAAUGAGUGGCGAUUCCGGCACAUCUUCAGGGGUCAACCACGAAGGCAUUUGCUUCAAAGUGGAUGGAGUGUUUUUGUUAGUUCCAAGAGGCUUGUUGCAGGGGAUGCAUUUAUAUUUUUAAGAGGUGAGAAUGGAGAAUUACGUGUUGGUGUACGACGUGCAAUGAGGCAGCAGGGCAAUGUUCCUACAUCAGUAAUAUCAAGUCAUAGCAUGCAUCUUGGUGUGCUAGCAACGGCCUGGCAUGCCUACACAACAAGUACUAUAUUCACAGUGUAUUACAAACCUAGGACAAGUCCAGCUGAGUUUAUUGUUCCAUUUGAUCAGUACAUGGAGUCAAUGAAGAAUAAUUAUACCAUAGGGAUGAGGUUCAAAAUGAGGUUUGAAGGCGAGGAAGCUCCUGAACAGAGGUUUACUGGAACAAUAGUUGGAAUUGAAGAUGCUGAUCCAACGAGGUGGAAGGAUUCCAAAUGGAGAUGCCUCAAGGUUCGAUGGGACGAGACUUCUACCAUACCUCGCCCAGAGAGAGUUUCACCUUGGAAAAUUGAACCUACUUUGGCUCCUCCUGCGCUGAAUACCCUUCCAAUGCCCGGGCCAAAAAGGCCUCGAUCUAAUGCAGUCCCUUCAUCCCCUGAUUCUUCUGUGCUUACAAGGGAAGGUUCAUCCAAAGCUACUGUAGACCCUUCACCAAAUAGUGGAUUUUCUAGGGUCUUGCAAGGUCGAUUCUCGACCUUGAGAGGCAACUUUGCUGAGAAUAACGAGUCUGACACUGCCGAAAAGUCUGUGAUGUGGCGACCUUCAGUAGAUGAUGAGAAGAAUGAUGUGGUUUUCGCUUCAAGAAGAUUUGGGUCCGAGAAUUGGAUGUCACCUGGGAGGCAUGAACCAGCGUACACAGAUCUGCUCUCAGGUUUUAGGACAAAUGUUGAUUCCCCCCUUGGGUAUUGUACAUCUUUGGUUGAUCAAACUUUAUUAGGCGGUAAUCCUAUGAGAAAACAAUUACUAGAUCAAGAAGGGAAGCUUGGCUCUUGGUCCCAAAUGUCCUCUGGUCUCUCACUCAAGUUGGUUGACACUACUACAAAGCUUCCUGUGCAAUGUUCAGAUGUGUCUUAUCAAGCUCGAGGAAAUGGCAGAUUUGGUGGUUUUGGUGAGUAUCCUAUACUCCAAGGUCAUAGGAUCGAGCACCCACAUGGAAACUGGUUAAUGCCUCCCCCAACAUCUAAUUACGAGAAUCCUGUCCAAUCAAGGGAUUUGAUACCCAAAGCUUCAUCCGUUCAAGAUCAUGAGAACGGAAAAUCUAGAGAAGGAAGUUGCAAGCUCUUUGGUAUUCCUCUCAUUAGUAAUUCUGUUGCAUCUGAGCCCCUAGUCUCUCACAUCAAUACGUUGAGUAAGGCAGCAGAUCAAGUGGAAACUGCACCAAACCAUGUUCAGAUGUUUGCAUCUGCGAAGUCUGAACAGUCAAAGAUCUCCCAGUUGGCAGAAAAUCCAUCUACUUUUGGUGAAUCGAAGAAAGCAUUUCAUCUGAGUCAACCUCAUACAAGGGAGGUUCAAAGCAAAUCUCCUAGCACCUCAGCUCGGAGUUGCACUAAGGUUCUAAUGCAAGGGACUGCUCUUGGUAGGUCUGUGGACCUUACAAAGUUCAGCAACUAUGGUGAAUUGAUGGCUGAAUUGGAUCAAUUAUUUGAACUUGGAGGUGAAUUAUUGGCCCCUAAAAAGAAUUGGCUUGUUGUAUACACCGAUGAUGAGGGUGAUAUGAUGCUUGUUGGAGAUGAUCCCUGGCAGGAGUUCUGUACCAUGGUUCGCAAGAUAGGUAUCUACACUAGGGAGGAGGUUCAGAAGAUGAAGCCGGGGUCAUUGAAUUCAAAGGGUGACAACAAUCUGGUUUCUGGUGAAGGCUUAGAUGCAAAAGUGAAAUGUCCUUCAACAGAUGGUGCAGAGAAUUGUUAAGCUUGGCUGUAAUGCUUCUGGGUAUUAUUAUAUUAGUGUAUUAUUGCAUAUAAGUAAUGGAUCUUGUUUCGAAUAAGAAGCUGAACAUUGAUCAGGUUGAAUAUACCAUGCUAUUCAAUAAGAACAUGCACCCUUUUUAUUCUUUCAGCUUUUGGUGGAGGCAUCCGGAGUGCUGUAGCGACAUUCAACAUUCCGGUUGGAGUUGAAAGUGACGGUAGUAGUGUAUGGUAUCCGGAGUGCAGCAAGCUUUUUCAGAAAUCAGAAUCAGAUAUAUGGAGGGCACAAAUGGUAUAAUCCAAUUUUGGACGUGGUGGUGGUAGUAGUAGUGUAUGGUAUCCGUUUUAUACACGUUUGUACACUCGAAUUCGACUUUUGAGCAUGGCUACAUCGGCCUUGCAUUUGCAACUUCCCCUUUUGUACAGAUGUUUUACCGCCUUUAUCAACCUGGGAAUGCAAGUAAAUACACCA